GGUAGUGGGUGUGGCUACUAAGGAGACGCUCUUAAUGGCUGAAGGUGGAGGAGAUUGUGUUGGUGAUCUUCUCUCCCAGUUCCGUUGUCUGGGGACUACAGACCGUGAAGUAUUGAUAAAGGAGCUUCAUUCUAUACUGGGGGGAACUGUCACCAGAGACCAAUGUAUCUUUGUACUGGAAAUGACUAGUUGGAAUUUACAGAGUGCUGUUGGAGCCUAUUAUGAUUACUUGAGUCGUCCUUCAUUACUGGAUAUGAACAUUGAGGGAUCUCUCAUUGAUCCUCCUGGACCAAUCACCACUGGAAAACAAUUCUACUGUGUAUGGACAGUUAUUAAUACUGGUACAGAUUCAUGGCCUUCUGGUGUACGGCUAGUGCAUUCCUGUGGUCAUCAGUUUGAAGGUAUUUUCGAAGGACCUAUUGACAGCCUGAGACCAAAGGAAAAGCGUCCAAUAACAGUAGCACUGAAGGCUCCUCCUGUCCCUGGGGAGUAUAAAGCAGAAUGGAGACUAGUGGAUUUGGAGGGAAGAUACUUUGGAGAAGUAUUGAGGUUAGAGUUACUAGUGACUGAUUUGAAUGGAGUUGCUUCUUUAACUGAACAAUUAUCAGUACUGAACACAACAGGGACUGGAUCGAUUGGUGGAGUGCAUAAUGUUAUAUCAACUGGUGAUGAUGUCAUUAAUAGUAAUGAUAAUUGGAAUGAAGGAGGAGGAGGAGGAGGUGAAAUGAAUUGAUGUUUCUUUAUUCAGAAGAAUAUAGUGUAAAUAUUAUUAUUAUUGCAUCACACACAUUUUUAAAAAUCACAUAACCAAUUUUUUAUUUUCUUUAAUUUUGUUAAAAUAAUCACUACAAAAGAAUACAGUCACAUUGUAGCUUCCUAUGAA